AUGGCAACAAAACAAUUUUAUCUCUUGGGGGAGGCUCCGUCCACCGCCAGAGAAGUUGACCUGCCGCCGGCUGUUGACUUUGAGGAGCUUCAAAACAUUGUCGCAUCUCACUUUGCCAUUGUCAAGCCAAAUGGCGUUGGCUUUGUUCACGAUGAUCGAAGGCUCAAUGUAGUAUCUGAAGUCUUGGAUAAAGAAGAGCCAAUCGCUGUCUCCGUCAAUGGUAACGCUGUUCGUGAUGUACCCGGCCCAGCUGGCAUUCCAUACUUCGGUAACUACCUAGAGAUCUACCCCGAUCAUCUCGGUAACCACCAGCGCCUCUUCGAGAAAUACGGGCCGUUAUUUGUCACAAACAGCAUGGGCAACCGCCUCUACCAGACCAAUAGCGCCGAGCUCUCCAAUAUCUUCCUCGCCGAAGACCACUAUUUCACAAAGGACAUCGUCCCCGGCCAUCCCCUCCACCCAAUCAAGAACCAAGAAGCAGGCGUCUUUCUAGCCGAUACCGACACGGAGCAAUGGCGUCUUGCUCACAAAUUCCUCCCGCCUGCACUCGGACCAAAAGCAGUUCGGCAUUACGCUCCUACGAUGCAGCGAACAGUAGAGCAGUCCUUCAAAGUUUUCGAUGAGCUUGAUGAAAAGGGCGAAGCGUGGAAUGUCUACCAGUACAUGCUGAAGCUUGGCUCGCAGGCAGUGGGUAAGCUUGUCCUAGGUAUGGACUUUGCGCAUUUCGAGGAAGUGGACUCGCCGCUGCAUGAGAUGGUUCUCAAGAUUGCUGAGAACCUGGAGCUGAAUAAGCGUGUGUCGUCUAUGGGAGCUUGGUAUGCUAAGAUGCCGUUUGGUGAUCCGAAGAAAGUUAGAGAUACGAUGGGGAGGAUCAUGGAGAUGAUGACGGAGUCGAUUGCCAGAGCUUCGAAGGGACAGGAGGAUCUGGAGCUUCAGGAUGCAGCGCUCAAGGCUGAGAAUGUUGUCGACUACUUCCUACGGGCCAAAGACAACAAGGGCAGCAAGCUACCGCCCUCUCAAUUCGCCCCAACCUUGCUCGUAGCUACAGCCGCCGGCUUCACCACCACGUCAUCCUUGCUAUCCUGGUUGAUCUACAGUCUUGUCAAGUACCCAGGAAACCAAGAACGUCUUCUUCAAGAACUCAUCGAAAACGACUGGGAUGAGAAUACCCAAGUCACAGCUGAGACAACUAGCAAGCUUAGCUUCCUAGAUAAGUUCAUCAAGGAAACACAGCGCCUGCACAACCCCUCUUUUCAGCCUGGUCGCACCGCCAAGGUUGAUAUGAUCCUACCGGGAGGUUACAGACUACCCAAGGGCGCAGUAGUCAUCUCAGCACUGCAUCACAUGCAUAACAACAAGGAAAUAUGGGAGAACCCGGGGCGCUUUGACCCUGAUCGCUGGGAUACAGAACAGGUCAAGAAUCGGCCCCCCGGCUCUUACAUCCCAUUCGCGACAGGCCCAAGAAUGUGCGUCGGUUUUAACUUUGCGUUGCAGGAGAUCAAGGUGUUUUUACCGAAGCUUGUGUAUCGGUACAAGUUCAGCUUGGCGCAGGACGGGCCUAUUGAGUAUGAUCCGUAUUUCCAGCUGAUUCGGCCGAACAAUUUGUAUGUUCAGGCGGAGAAGAGGGUGAAGUGGCCACCAAAGUCUGAGUGA